AAAAAAUGCAAUGGCACUCAUCGUGUGUUCACGCUGGCUUGCAUUAUGACCUCUUUGUGACGAAGAGACAGCAUUAGAGAUGUGUCUUCGCAUUUCAGCGAAAUUCUCUCUCUGAUCAAGCGUAAUGGGUUCAGAAACGACAUAUUUUGAUGAAUAAGUACUUAAUUACACUUAUUAUAAUCAAAAUACGUGUGUUUACUUAUUUUAUGUGUGUGAAAAGGGUCUUCGUGUUUCCCUCCAAAACACAGCGAACAACAUGCCGCUCCUUCGCAAGCAACCAUUUCAAAGGCAGAAAAUACCUCACGAUCUCGAUCCAGAAGAAGAAGUAUUUCAUUGCAAGAUUACUAACGAAAUUUUCAGAGAUUACAAUGCAUUUUUUGAAAGAAUCAUCCUUUGCAACAGUUUGGUAUGGUCAUGUGCAAUUACUGGCAGGUCUGGUAUGACCUUUCAAGAGGCUGAAGAGUGUGAACAGAAAGCUAAGAGAAAUUUAUCUACAUUUCAAGAUAGUCUAAAAAAACCACUGUUAUAUCUUGCAACUUUAACACACAGAAGUAGGCUGAAUGAUUUGAAUGAUGAUAUUUUUCUCUUUGCAAAAGACCGCUUUUUCAUUGGAGAAACAUUGGAUUAUGUUGGUGGCAGCCAAAGAUCUCCCUGCAAAGUUACUGGGGUCAUCCCUCCAAAAGAUGUCAAACAAAAUGGAGACAUCAUUGUCAUUGAUGAUUCAGAUGAUGAUUCAAAUUCAACAUCAGGGCCCAAAAGUCAGAAGAAGAAAAAAGGUUCUGGAAUUGAUCCUGCGAAGUACCAGUAUCUCAUAAAGCUGACAGAAACUUCAAAAAUGGAAACUGUUUCAGCUACCACCUUAUGCCGUAAAAGAGGUCUAUAUUCAAGAGAUAGGAGCAAGUUAUUCCUAAAGCAACACUGUGGGCCAAUAGAUGGCCUGUGGAAAGUUAAGGAAUCAACUUUCAAAAAACUGAACCUAGGAGCAGCAACAUUUGAGGAUUUCUUUGCUGGUCCCCCACCUGAAUUUCAAGUAUCUUCUGUUAAGCGGAAAAACAAUGUCAAAAGGUCUUUUGAUGACAAUGAACUUGACUUUGAAGAUUCACCAACAUACUCAAACAAGACGUUAAAAAAUAACAAAGGGCAAAAAGUUAGCAAUGAACCUCAAGUGGAGUAUGUUCCUCUCCCUGUACCUGAGGACAGAGGCCAUAUCAAGGAAAAAAUGAAGCAACAGAAGCUUGAUGUCAAAAGAAAGCAAAUAGAAGAAAAAGAAGCAAAGAAAGAGGAAUUAAAAAGACAGAUUGAAGCGGAAAAAGUUCGAAGGAAAGAAGAAAAGGAGAAGGAACGAAUGAAGAAACUUGAAGAAAAAAGGAGGGAACUGGAAAUGUAUAAAGAAUGGUCAAGACCAAGAGAUGAUCUCGAAUGUGAUGACUUAAAAGAAAUGCCAGAGUUUGUGCCUGUACGAACUAGAGUACCAAUGGAACUUUUUGGCGAUGCUGUGAUGAUUCUUGAGUUUUCCCACAUAUUCAAGUCUAUAUUUGAUUUCAAACAGUUUUUCCCAAAAGGCUUUACUUGGGGGAUGAUUGAGUCAGCUAUAGUGGAUCAUGAACCGGAUGGCCCUCUCUGUGAUUUACUUCAAAUGUUGCUUUGUGCCUUAUUUAAUCUUCAAGAAGAAGAAGCUGACGAAUAUCAAGAACUUGCAAAAGAGAAAGAAGAAAAUGCAAAACCUAAUGAGGAUAAGGAUGAUGACCUUGAUGAAGAAUUGACUACCAAUGAAGUGAUUCGCUCAGCAACUAUCAUGGCUCAGUUUUCACAAAAUACACUAGGCAUGCCAUUACGUGACACAUUACUGGACCAGUUCACCCUGUCAGAGAUUGUCAGGAUUCACCUCUUGUCCUCUGGUGCCAAAGCUAGCAAUAAAAAUGCCAGGUUCAGGUACCAGCAGCGCGGUGGCUACACGUCACAUGACGAUCCUGGGCUGGAGCUUAAACUAAGUGACCCUGGGCUAGUGAAGUCUCUGGCCACAACAAAUGUGUUUGACUUGACCCCUUCUGAAAAAGUCAAAAUUAUCAACACUCUUAUUCAACAAAUUCUGACUUUUGCCAUGGUUCGUGAUAUGAUUGAAGAGAACAGCGAGAAGCUGAGGUUAAAAAAAUAUGAUCUCAAACAAUUACAGUGGGCUGAGCAGAGGAGAGAAAAGGAAGAACAAGCUAACAGGUACAAGAAGAUGAUGGAAGAGAAAGCUAAAGAACAAGCUCGCAGGAUGCAGCAGCUGGUUGCUGAGCAAUCAGGGACAGCCCCAGAAAAUGCUAUGAAUUCUUCUGACUUUGAAGAAAAAUCCUUUGAGCAAAAGGAAGCGGAGAAACAAAAAGAACAUGACAUGGACAUGCGUAAAAAAGCAGAGUUUUCUAAAAAAGAAUUUGAAAUGCUGGACGAAAUUGUGAACCUACAAAAAAUGGUGUCAAUAUCUCCGAUUGGUAGAGACCGUCUGUUUAGAAGAUACUAUUUGUUUCCUUCUUUGAGUGGAUUGUUUAUUGAGGACCACGAGCUUCAUGUUCCUGCUUGUGUGCUAAAGCCUGGUGCUGCUGGGGCUGGGACUAAGCUGAAACUACUACCAGAACUAUCAUUCCAGGGAGAGAAUAAAGAGAACAGCAAAAAAUCCAAUGGGGAUGAUUGUAUUGUUAUCAGUGAUGCAGAAUCUGACAGCAGCGAUGUGAAAGAAGAAGACGACUCAAACAGAGGGAAUAAAUCUAAAAAUGAUACAAGAAUGGACACAAGUGAGGCCCCACCUGUUUUAGAGAGUGAAGACAAACCAGUUCCGCUCCAGAACCCCACCUGGUCGUUUAUCGACACACCUGAGCAUCUGGCUGCUCUGAUAGCUUGUUUAAACACCAGGGGAUUCAGGGAAUGUGCUCUGCGCACUGCCCUGAUGGAGCUAAAAUCUCUACUUGAAUCAAUUCUAAAAGACUGUCCCUCUGACAUGUUGUGUCUACCAGAGGAUGGGGGUGAAGAGAAAGCAAGAAUUCAGGCGCUCGCCAUGACACGUGGAAUCUCCAGCAAAAAAGCCGCCCAAGAUGCUCUCAUCCUUGACAAAGCUGAGACAACAAUGGAGCUCAACUUGAGGGAUGCUAUCCUGGAUAUGGAGGAUAGGAUACAUGUGGGUGGUCUAGGUACACUAAAGAUAAAAAACAGAACUGCAUGGAGAGACGCAAUAUUAAAUAGAGGCUACCAAUGUCAGACAGAUGAUCCUUUAUUUAUGCCAUCAGGAAAACCACAUAUAAACGGAGGUGAAGAUGUAUCAACAGAGACACAGGAUGUAGAAUGUGUUGCGAGGGACCUGGCUAAAGCUUUGGUUCAAAUAGCUAGGGGUGUUGAACCUAGAUUUAUGAAGGAUCCUCUUAAAGAGGAAGAGACAAAGAGAAAAAAACAGUCAGCUCAGAAAGAUAAGAAAAAGAAAGAUGAAGAAGAUCAUUCUGAUGAGGAGAGUUCUGGAUCAAAAUCCACAAGAAGUCUAUAUGAACGUUGGGAAGAAUCUCUCUUGUCUGCCACCAGCUUGUCACAGGUCUACCUACACUUGGCUACACUGGAUAAAAGCAUUGUGUGGGCCAAGUCUACCCUAGAGACACGAUGCAAGCUUUGUAGGCGGAAGGGCGACCCUGAGAAGAUGUUGUUAUGUGAUGGCUGUGACAGAGGUCACCACAUGUACUGUUUGAAACCACCAAUGGAGAUUGUUCCAGUUGGUGAUUGGUUUUGUUCAGAAUGUCGACCCAAGCAAGCACCACGUAGUCCAGUCAGGAAAGGCAGGAGGAAAACUUUCCUGGAUUCUGAGGAAGAUGAGCCUUCACAGAACGAGGAAGAAAAUGAGUACGCUGAUGACACUGUCACUGAGCAAAAUGAUGAUGACUUUGAGGCUGAAGAUGACGAAGAUUCACAAGACAGUGACGACAGAUUAGCAGAGGAUGAUGAUGACGAUGAUGUGGACAUGGAGCUGAAGGAUGACCCAGAGGAAGAUGUGUGUGUGGGUUGUAAAACGCCCGGCAUGCUCAUAUGUUGUGACUGUUGUCCAAGGGCGUACCACCUUCAUUGUGCCAAACCUCCUUUAAAAAAAGUUCCUAAAGGCAAAUGGAUGUGUCAAGUUUGUAUGGGCAUUGAUAGGGCAGGAAAAAUUAAGAUUGGUUCUGGUGGAAAAGGAGGGAAGUUGAAAGGAAAAGGCAAGAGUACAGAUAAAGUGAAAACUAAAGACAGAAAGUCAGGCAGCAGUACUAAAUCUACACCAACCGUGGGCCGUCCAAGAAAAGAUAGUCCAAGAAACAGUCCCAUACUUGGGAGACCACCUAAAAAAAACUCAUUGUCCAGUCCAGUACUAGGCAGACCACCAAAAAAACAUUCAUUGCCCUUGCCAGAUAAACAAAGCCCUGGUGAAACCAAACCUAAAAGAGGCAGACCAAAAUCAAGAUUUUCACUUGAUGCUGCAGAUGACCCAGAUCCCAUUAUUCGGUUGAUGAAACCCAUUAUGCCCAGUUCCAAAAGGGCAAAUGGCCAACAGCAGCAGCUUAGGGCAGCAGAAGAACUCAUUAAUGAACUUAUCAAACAUGAGGAUUCCUGGCCAUUUUUGAAACCUGUGGAUAAGAAACUGGUUCCAGAUUACUACAAUGUUAUAAAGAGACCAAUGGACUUUGGAACCAUCAGGAAUAAAAUCCACGCCUUCACAUACAAGAGACCUUCAGAGAUGCUAGAUGACGUCAGGCAGAUCUUCAACAACUGCAUCGAGUACAAUAACAGAAACAGCCCUGAGUACAAGGCAUAUUUCCGUCUCAGCAAACACUUUGACAAGCGGGUCAGGGAGCUGUCACUCCAUGAAGAUGUAGAGACUCCUGGUAAAAAUAGCAAAGGUCGGGUAUCCGUGUGAUGGUGUACUAGUUUUAGUCUUUCCGUGACUUGUUUAGCUACCUAUUUUAUGUACGGCCAAGGGGCUGUACUCUAACCACAUUCAAGAAUCCUGUGCCCUGUGACAUGAAAACUUGUUCUAUUCCAGUGUAAGUUAAAAUAAAUUAAUUUUACUAACCGCAAUAUGUCGUUUACUUUUAAGAAGAAGAAAAUGUUCAUUUAAAAUGACGGCAGUGGAACUUCAUUUUGAUUGUGCAGUUUGAUAUGUUUCAUGGUUAAUGAAGACAUCGAUUGACUGUUUGUUGUGAUGAAACAGACAUUAAGGACUGAAUGAAAGAUUAACUUAAUUUAUUUUAUGCUUAUUAAACAUUGCUCUUUGUCAGUUAGAAUAUUGUUUGUUUUCAAGUCCAGCUACUGAAAAAAAAUAAAAUAGCGUUCAGAUCACUUAGAUUAUUCUUAGAUGACUGCAGUGUUCCUCAUAGGAACUAUUGUUGUUGAUUAAUGGCCCCAAAAAAUUAUCUUUGUUAAUCACAUGUAUAUAAGUGGCAUAACCUAUAAAUAGCUUGUUUGUUGCGAAUCUUGUCAUGCAUGUUUAGUACAUUGAUUUUUUUUUUAAUGAACAGACCCAUGUGUUAUAAAAAUGUUGAUUAAAACAACAAAAUGUAAUUAGCUGUAUAUUAUUUUGUUGAAAAUUUAAAUUUUAGAUUUAUUAAAAUAAUGCUUGUUUCACAAGUAAAACCGCCUGUUACUUUUCACACAAUAAUAGUUCAAACAUACCUCUGAAUUUCUACCAGAUUAUUGUGUUUGAUCUGAUAUAGGAUAGAUUCAUGAAUUUAAUUGUUACUUUAAAAAAAAAAGACUGCUUGCCUAUUUUAAAUAGAGCUUGCAGUAAAACUUAUUGCUUUGCCCAAACAUUCCCUCUACGCACUUAACUAAUACAAUUGACGGACACAAAGACCUAUUGUUUUACCUUAAAUAUAUUUUUAAGAACUAGUGACAUCUGUUUUACAUUCGUUUAAUAAAAUGAAAUUCAUAUAAAAAAAUUUUUUUUAGUUCGUUUACAAAUAGUGUAAUGUGGACUGAGGAGAUGAAUAAAAACCUGCAGAUAAAAAUAGGUCAGCGUUAAGUUUUGUUUAGAGGAUCUAAGAUGCUUUUUACAUCCAUGGUAGAGCGCUCUUUCUUAACAAUUUAUUUACCUCUUGUCGAAUGUCUCCUCUAGUCAGACCUAAUCAUUGUCGCAGCUUUGCUUUUGUAACCUUUUGUAAAGACUAAGUGGUCUUUAAAGGGUUAAAUUUGUUUUAGACAUGUUUUUCUACAUUUAAAAAAAAGAAAAUAUAGUUAAGUUUUGAUUGUCUUAAAAUUAUAUUGUGUAAGUCUUGAGGCGAGAAUGAUGAUGUAGACAGUGGAUAAAAAAUAUUUUAUAUUAAAUUGGUUUCAAACAAUCAUGGUGACUUAAUUUUAUUAAUGUGUGGAGAAUAUGGACGGACCAAAAACAGUUGACCCAAUAGGUUACAAUUUUUCAACAUGAAAUAUUUCAAUAGAGACCCGAGAUAAGAAUGUUUACACAAAGGACUUGUCAGCUGAGUGAGUUAUUUUUUAAAGUAGCCUUUGUGUUGUCUUACAACAUGUACAUGAUGUAUUGUUUUUAUUGAAUAAAUAAAUUGGUUUCCAACUGA